AUGCAAAAGCCCCGCCGACUUCCGGCCGCCCCCGGCGCCCUCGGAAAUGGCGGGCGGACGGGGGGAAGCGGCGGAGGGCUGGAGCGCACGCGCAGCGGAACCUGGAUUGGCGCAGCGGCGCUUAACCCGCAAAAAGAAAAGCUUUCCGCGCUCCGCUCUCCCGGUAGCGCUCCGCCGGCGGCGGAGGACAAGGGCGGCGGGGGAACAGGGCGCGCUGGAGGGGGAGGGCCCCGCCCAGGAUCAGCCGGAAGCGGGAGGGACACGUCCAAGGGGGAAAAGGGGAGAUUCGGCGAGGGGAAAUGGCGGUUCGGCUUUACGUCGCGUCAGGAUGCACGAGCCACGUCGUCGCCGCGCGUCGGGCCGUCCUCUGGGCUGAUGGGGCUGUCUUUAGGCGGCGGCGGCGGCGGUGGCGGCGGCGGGGACGGCCCGUUAAAGCGCAUGGCGCGCAGGAUGUUUCCGCCUGUCCCCGCCCCGGGAAGCAGCAAGAGCAGCUCCCUCUCGCUAGUGGCGGGCUUUGGCGGCUACCGCGCCCUUCGCGGCGGAAGCGGCGGCGCCGCCGCGUCAGGCGCGGCAGCGGGCAGCGGCGUCGCGGGAGGAGGCGCAACUGCUAGUAGUAGUGGAGGCGCGGCGACGGGCGCGCAAGCCGCCGGGGGAGCCGUAAAAACCGAAAUGCUGGCGUUCGAAAUUGGGUGCAUCAUGCGGCGCCUCCUAGAAAUCGACGACUCGACGAGCGAGCGCUCUCUGGCCGCGCUUCGAGCUAACCUUCAGGCGCCCGGCGUGGUAACCCUAAUCUCCCCCGACCUGCAGCUCCUGUGGAGCCUGGCCGGCGCGGAAAAGGCGGAGGAAUUGCAGAGCGUGGCGCUACGAGUGGCCGUGCUGGGCCGCAAGUGCCGGCAUCCUAGGCUGCACUCGUUAGGCGAUAUGCUCGACCGACUUACCGCUCCCGCUUCUCCCGCUCCUCCUGCGGUGCGCGCGGUUUCCGCUGCCGCCCCCGCUGGCGGCGUAGCUGGCGGAGGCGGCGACGGCGCAGAAGCCGCGGAGUUGGACUUGGCGCAGUUCACCGCGUCGGCGACGGAAGCCGAGGCGCUGAUGAGGUUCAUGAAGGAGCAGGCGGAGGCGACGGAGCGACUGCGGGCGGAGAUGGAGUCCAUUCAGCAGCUGCACCGCCGCAUCCAGGCCUAUGGAGAGUGGAACAAGCUACAGGACAUGGUAGCGCAGGGAAAGGCGAUCGAGAGGCUGCAGUCGCACUGCCUGUGGUCGCUUGACCUCGACUUCCCCGUUCAGCUCCUCGUCGCCGCGCUCUGCCUGCUGCGCGCGCGCAUCCUUGCUGCCUUCGGCCUCGCGCCUGCUGCCCCCCCGCCGCUGUGCGGAGUGUCGCUGGGCGUGUGGGGCCUGGCGCUGCACUAUGCGAAUGUGGUGGUGGUGGUCGAGAGAAUCAUUCAACAGCCGGAUGCGGUUAUGGGCAAGACCAGGGACGAGCUAUACGACAUGCUCCCACGCAGCAUACAGCAUUCCCUGCGCCGCCAGCUGCAGAACCCGGGGAACUUCCUGCCGGACGGGCGAGUGGAGGCGAACCUCAAGCGCGGGCUGCUACUGCUGCCCACCAUGGCGCACAACACCAUCUUCUGGCAGUCGCUGCACACACCGGGGACCAACAUGGGGACGGAUGAAGUCGUCUUUCAAGUGCAGGUGAGAGGGGAUGGGAGGGGGAGGAAGGGGGGUGUAGCAGAAGGAGAGGUGGGGGAUCGAGCGGGUGAGGGAGGGGGACGGGAAGGCGGCAGAUUGCAGAAUUGGCACGGUAAGGCGGAGGAGGGAAAGGAGGGGGAGGAAAAGGCGGAGGAAAAGGAGGGGGAGGAAGAAGAAGGGAAGGAUGGGGAGGCCGCUCCUGAGGAUCUCCCUCCUGAGGCGGUCAGAAGCCACUCUUUGCGACGAACAACUAGCAGUCGAUUCGGAGUGGCAGCAGCAACGCCGCUGCGUCUCAUGUCAGCUGCGCUGACACACGCAGCAGCGGCUUUCGAAGGCGGCCCUCAAAGAUCGGCUGUUUCAACGCACGCCACCACCGCUGCAGGAGCAGCAGGUGCAGCAGGUGCAGCAGGUGCAGGAGCAGCAGCAGCGGCGACGAAAUCGGGCUCGGGGAGAAGCAGUGGCAGGCACAGAAGGUCUUCCAGCAGAGGGAUACUGUGGUUGGUGGGCGAAGGGAAGGGGAAGGAUUUUGGCGAGGAGGUGCAAGAGGAGGGGUGUGUGGGGGAAGCAGGGGUGGAAUGCGGGGAUGGGGAUGUGGAUGGGGAUGGGUGUCAGGAGGGCGGAGGCGGGAAGAGAGGAGGAUUCGGUGGUGGUGUCUGUGGUGGUGUGGAUGGUGACGGGGAGUGUGGUGCGGUUCAGAGCGGUGCAGAGGGUGAUUUGGCCCUCUCACACACCGCCACCACCCACACCACCUUCGCCCCCAACAUGGGCACAGGCAGAGGCUCAGACAUGGCUGUGAGCAUGGGCAUGGGAAUGGAUAUGGAUGCGAGUAUGGCAGCAGCGAUGGCGAUGAGUGCAGCAGGGCAGCAGUACAUCCCUCGCAGUGCCAGCAUGAGCUGUGCCGUACCACCAGCACCACCGUCAUUGUCGUCGCCGUCCCUUCACCGCACCUCCUCCUGCUCUACCAAUGCCACGAGCCUCAGUGCUUCCUCCAGCCCGGCCGAGUCUCUUUCUCUCCCCCACGCCGCCCGCGCGACUUUUGAGGCGUCUCAAAAGUCCCAAAAGUCGGUGUCGUUGUCGCCCCUGCAUCGCACCACCUCCUGUUCUACUUCUGCCGUGAGCCUCAGUGCUUCCUCCAGCCUGGCCGAGUCUCUUUCUCUCCCCCACGCCGCCCGCUCGCCCUUCUCCCCGCACUCCCCCUUCUCCUCACACUCCUCCCACGUGCUCCACUCCCCCGGCUCGUCGCAUUCGCCGUCUGGCGUGCAGGGCCGACUAGCCCGCUGCUCUCCCUCCCCCUCCCGCACUGCCCUUGGGAGCAAGCCUGUGGGAGCGGCGGGUAGUGAGACGUCUAGAAGAUUGUCUCCCUCCUCCUCCUCCCCCUCCUUGCGCACUCCGCUCGGGAGCAGGCCAGUGGGAGGGGUGGGUACGAUAGCAGUGAAGGUGAUCCCAGUGCAAGGAGCAGUGGCAGGAGCAGGAGCAGGAGCAGGAGCAGGAGCAGGAGCAGGAGCAGGAGCAGGAGCAGGAGCAGGAGCAGGAGCAGGAGCAGGAGCAGGAGCAGUAGAAGGAGGAGGAGCAGGAGCAGUAGAAGGAGGAGGAGCUGGGAGUCUGGAGCUAAAGGGUGUGGGGAAAGGGGAGGAAGAGGAGGGAGAUGACUCGGUUUGGGGGUCUAAACUUGGGGGUGGCAGGCGUACUUGUGUUGGUGCUGCUGCCAGCAGCAAUGGCAGCGGUGUUACCUGCGCGACCAGCAGUCCCCGUAGCAGUAACGCUAUCUUAAGUAGCAAUGACGGUGCGUGUGGGAGCAGCGCUGAGAGGGGCAAGCACAGACGAAUUCCGUGGAUAAUUGAUGGCGGGAAAGAACCCUGUGGAUGA